AUGAUAUUUUCCCUUGCCUGGGCAACCCGUGCGGGGGUGCUGACUCGAUCAACGCCAAAGUCUUCAUCUAAAAUACAACUGAGACGGCUCACUUUGCAUAGUUCUCAAACGCAAGACUUGCUCAGAGCAUCUGGAGUUCUGGUCCCUCGUGGAGUAGUGGCGCGUACGCCCCUUGAAGCUCGAGAUGCUGUAAAGAGUUUAGGGGGAAGCUGUAUUUUACAAGCACAAGUUCUAUGGGGACACAAAGACAGCCUCUCCUUUGAGGAUGGGCUAAGAGGGGGAAGCCAGAAAGUUCAUGAUCCCGAGCAAGGAAUGAGUAUGGCCGGUAGAAUGCUUAACCGUCGAGUGGUUUCUGAUGGCAUCAGUCACCAAUCUAUCACCGUUAAUCAUAUUUUGGUAUCUGAAGUCAUGGCACAUCAAGAGCUAUGGCAUUUAACAAUGACCAUUGACCGAGAAAACUACUGUCCUGCAAUCAUCAUUUCCAAGCAAGACGACAAUACUGACACCGAGGAAAUUUUGAUUCAAAAGGAUUCCCAGAAGAGCUCCACCUUCACGUUUGGUUUCUCUCAAGGUAUAACCAGAGAUUUAGUUAUUCAAAUAUCCGAGUUUCUGGGUGUUGCAGGUGAUCAAGUGACAAACCUAGAUGACAUGUUGACGAACAUGUAUGGCAUCUUUCGGGAAAAAGAUGCGACGCUAUUGGAAAUAGCCCCUCUUGCAAGACUAGAAAAUGGGUUAUUUGCAUCCCUUGAUGCCAGUCUUGUCAUAGACGAUGAUGCAGCAAAGCGACAGCCUGAUAUUUUCCUCCUGCGUGACACGAGUCAGGAGGUGGAAGAUGAAGUGAAUGCCGAAAAGCACAACCUGGUAUAUAUUAAAAUGAAUGGCAACAUUGGAAACAUUGUGAAUGGAGCAGGACUCGCGAUGGCGACAAACGAUGCUAUUGGGCUUCAUGGGGGCACCAGUGCUAAUUUCUUAGAUGCUGGGGGCCAAGCAACUAAGGAGACAAUGAUACAAGCGUUUGGCAUCGUUAUGGGAGACGAGCGGGUAAGAGCCAUGCUAAUUAACAUAUACGGAGGCAUCACUAGGUGUGACAUGAUUGCCGAAUCUAUCAUUGGAGCCGCGCAGGAGAUGACCGUGUCGGUUCCACUUGUCGUCCGGCUCCAGGGAACUAACUCGGCAGAGGGAUUGAAGCUGCUCGCGGAUGCUAGACUGGGCCUCCAUGUCGAGUCUGAUUUUGGGCGCGCAGCCCGGCGAGCUGUUGAGCUGGCUCGUGUAUAG